UGGGCAGGGUCCACUAGCCUUAGACUGCAGGGAGGCUGCUGUGUCCCCUGAGCACCUGUGGCACAGCAGGACCAAAGAGCUGUGAAACCCUCGCCUAGCUGGGGCUUUGCACCCAAGCCCGUUCAGCUCUGUCCAGACCAGUGCCCCCUCUCCCUUCCCUGCCUACCAGCACAUCCACAGCCCCAGAAAGAGCUGCUACCCACUUUGCCAAGAUGUCCAAGGUAGCCAAGUAUCGCAGGCAGGUGAGUGAAGACCCCGAUAUCGACAGCCUGCUGUCCACCCUCUCCCCUGAGGAGAUGGAAGAGCUAGAGAAGGAGCUGGAUGUGGUGGACCCAGAUGGGAGCAUUCCCAUGGGGCUGCGGCAGAGGAACCAGACGGACAAACAGUCCACCGGCCCGUUCAACCGGGAAGCCAUGCUCAACUUCUGCGAAAAGGAGACCAAGAAACUUAUUCAGAGGGAGAUGUCCAUGGAUGAAAGCAAUCAAGUGGGGAGCAAGACAGAUGCCAAGAAUGGAGAGGAAAGGGGCAGUGAUGCCAGCAGAAAGGCCCUGGGUCCUAGACAGGGCUCAGACCUGGGCAAGGAGCCGAAGAAAGGAGUUUUAAAGAAAAGCUUCUCCAGAGACCGUGAGGAGGCUGACAGCAGAGGGGGUGAGAAGCCCAAGGAGGAAAAAGUCAUAAGGGGCAUUGACAAGGGCCGGGUCAGGGCUGCGGUGGACAAGAAGGAGUCUGGGAAGGAUGGCAGAGGAGAGGAUCGGACAGUAGCCACAAGAAAGGAAGAGGAGAAGAAAGGGAGUGACAGGAGCACAGGCUUAAGCAGGGACAAGGACAAGAAGAAAGAGGAGGUGAAGGAGGCCACUAAGAAAGAGAGGGAGGAGAAGGUAGCAGUGGAAAGCAGGAACACAGACUCCCAAAGAGAGGAGGACAAGAGGCUGAAAAGGUCAAGCGGGCACACAGACAAGAAACAGGAGGAUGAGGGUGUACAAAGAGGAAGUGCGGACAGAUGCACCGGAAAGGAGGACAAAGUUAAGAAGGAAGAGAACCAAAAUGACAAGGAGGUCAAGGAAGAUGGCAAGACCAAAGCAGCUGAAAAGCAGGCCCCUGGGGGCCCCAGUAAGCCCUCUGAAGGGCCAGCCAGGGUGGAGGAGGAAGCAGCUCCCAGCAUAUUUGACGAACCUCUGGAGAGAGUGAAGAACAAUGACCCAGAGAUGACCGAGGUGAAUGUCAACAACUCAGACUGCAUCACCAAUGAGAUCCUGGUCCGGUUCACUGAGGCCCUGGAGUUCAACACUGUGGUCAAGGUAUUUGCCUUGGCCAACACUCGAGCUGAUGACCAUGUGGCCUUUGCCAUUGCCAUCAUGCUUAAGGCCAACAAGACCAUCACCAGCCUCAACCUAGACUCCAAUCACAUCACUGGCAAAGGUAUCCUGGCCAUCUUCCGGGCCCUUCUCCAGAACAACACGUUGACUGAGCUACGGUUCCACAACCAGAGGCACAUCUGUGGGGGCAAAACCGAGAUGGAGAUCGCCAAACUGCUUAAGGAGAAUACUACCCUGCUCAAGCUGGGCUACCACUUUGAGCUGGCCGGGCCCCGGAUGACUGUCACCAACCUGCUUAGCCGCAACAUGGACAAACAGCGACAGAAGCGGCUGCAGGAGCAAAGGCAGGCCCAGGAAGCCAGUGGAGAGAAGAAAGACCGGCUGGAAGUGCCCAAGGUUGGGGCUCUGGCCAAGGGCUCCCCUAAACCUUCACCUCGGCCAUCUCCAAAGCCUACUCCAAAGAACUCACCCAAGAAAGGGGGUGCUCCAGCAGCCCCACCGCCUCCUCCCCCUCCCUUGGCUCCACCUCUUAUCAUGGAGAACCUAAAGAACUCACUCUCACCAGCCACCCAGAGGAAGAUGGGAGACAAAGUCCUCCCUGCCCAGGAGAAGAACUCACGUGACCAGCUCUUGGCUGCCAUCCGUUCCAGCAACCUCAAGCAGCUAAAGAAGGUAGAGGUGCCCAAGCUGCUUCAAUAGGACCUGGCUGCCAGGCACUGGUGCCAAUGCCAUGACUGCCCAGGCUCCUGUACCAGGGCUACACAGACCCCACCCACCCCACCCUGACUGACCUGCUGCAGCUGUCCCUAUUCCGCCGUGGGAGAGCUCAAGGCCUGGGCCACACUCAAGGGAGGACACCUCAUCUCUUCUCACUUUCCUUUUCUUGUCUCUGAGGCUCUCCAAAAAAUUGCUUUGACACUUGGAGCUUAGUUUUCUGGACAAGAAGAGUUCUUUAAGCACGUCACAGAGAAGAUGGCACUGCUCAAGGCCCAAGUAGCAGACACACCACCAAAAACCCAUGAUGCAGAAAAGAUGUCCCCAGGGACCACAUACCCACCCCAGCCUCACUGCCUCCAGGGCCAGGAUUCAGGCCUCUGAGGAGCCCUUGAGGCAAAUCUGCUGGACUGGUGGCACUCUGUGGGGCAACGGCAGAAGGAUGGAGGGCAUGGGGGUUCAAAGGGAGAGCAGGAGGACGAGGAUGUCACAGACCCCUCCAUCUGCUAUUCCUGAGCAGCAGGCCUGGAUGGACAAUGCCUGAUGGAGAGUUGGCUCCAGAUGGGAGGAGAGGGUCAGACAGCAGCUGGACCUGAAGGGUUGAUGCCAAAGCAGACGUUUUCGUCACACCAACUGCUGUUGUAUAAAUAGCUAUGUGUCUCCAUAAGAUUUUGAUAAUAUAUACAAACCUUUAACUUCGA